CGGUUUUAGUUCAAAUUGGCAGACAAAACCCAAAGCAACGUUCCGAUUUGGAAGCGCUCGAAGUUAUAGUCAACCGAACAUAGACAACUAGGCAGAAAGUGUGGCAAAAUAUUUGCCGUGUGAUUUAUUAGAGUAAAAAUAAAAAUCAUAGCAACAACAACAUAAUUAGCGAAGUGCCGGAGAGAGUGUUUCUCAUUGCGUUGUAACGAAAGUGUUGUUUCUGUGAAAUAUCGCAAAUUUGCAAUAAAGUGCAAGGUGUGCAAAACCAAGCCAAAUAGUCGAAGUUAGCCCAGAUUCGUCAUUAACAGUAAUCUAUGAAAUUUUCCGUCAGCGUAGACCGUGUUCGAGUAGUUUCAAAGUGUUGUGCAGUUUUUCAUAAAUAACUGUUGUUUUUCGUGCAACAUUGUGCGUAAUAUUGACACUUUUGGCAUUCAAAACAAAAAGUCCAAAACAGUGCGAGCAGUCUAUAAGAGAAGUUAUUUGACUGAACCAACUCUGAACUUUUUUGUGGAACUCCAACAAAAGCUUCAAAACUAAUCGGUGACAGUUACACACUCAACUCAAAGCAAUAGAAAAUAGCCCACCCGUCCACCGCUCGAAGGCAUAGCGACACCAGAAAAGGCUAAGCAAAUAAAGCAAAUAGAAAUCAAGCGCAAAAUCAAUAGCUGUCAAGUAUGGAUGUUGGAAAAUAUUUGGGAUUACUGGCGUUGAUGCUGCUCUCGCUGUUGGCGCUCUACAGCAGUCCGGUGGAGGCGUGCAGUUGCAUGCCCAGCCAUCCGCAGACACACUUCUGCAAUGCUGACUAUGUUGUCAUAAUACGCGUAAUGCGUAAGUCCCUCCGUUUAGUGCAAGACAACGUCGCAUACAAAGUGGAAGUCAAGAAGUCAUAUAAGAUGAACGAAGCCGGUCACAAGCUGCUCAAGCACGGUCGCAUAGUAACACCAAACUCUGAUGCUAUGUGUGGCAUUAAUCUGGACAUAGGCAAGCUCUACGUGAUUGCUGGUCGUGGUCCGUAUUUGAACAGUUGCAGCUAUGUUAAGGAGUACCUGAAAAUGUCGGUGGUUGAGAGGCGUGGUUUUGCCGGCGCAUAUCGCAAGGGUUGCAAAUGCUCGGUGCAACCCUGUUUCGGCCAAAGCUGUUUAAGUGAACACCAAUCGGCAACCUCGUGCAAAUGGUCGCCCUUCGCUAAGUGUGAGACCGAUUACAGCGCCUGCAUUCCCUCACACUACCGCACGCCCGAAGGCAUAAUCUCCAAGUGCCACUGGCGAAGAACGCCGGCAUACAAGAAAUGCAUGUCCGAUCCAUAAAUUGCAUAACACAUAUGUACUAGUUAUGUAUGUAUAUAUAAAUCGAGGCAGUAAAAGAAUUGAGCAAAAUCGGCAAGAAAUAGUUUUACACGAAAAUUUGCUGCUUAUUCUUCGUAGUUUAGCUGUAUUUUACGAAAUAAUACUUAUUUAAUUUUAACAUGUUACACACAUACAUACAUACAUGUACACUAAAAUUGAUAUGUAUGUAUUGGUUGUAGUUGUACACGCGCAGCAUUUCCAUUUUGACAUUUACAAAUUUCAUUGUUUCAUUUAAUUAUUAAAAUU